CACGUAUCUUACGAGUUGUUUACAAAUGGCCGACAUUUGACGGCAGGUGCGUCCAUAAUUGUAUUUUAUUUUACUGAUUAAGUAAUCGGUUUCCUCCUGAUUUGCUAGAGAAAAGAAAUAAUAACUAUGGCAACAGGUGGACAUGGCAGGGAGAGAAUGGGGCCAGAAGGAGACUCUGGUGAAGAUAGUGACAAUAAAAACACUGUCACCACAACUGUUAAAACAGAGACCACCACAGAAGAAGUCAAUGUUACACAACAAGUGGAAGAAGAAUAUAAAUAUGAGCCACCAAAGUUUGAUAAUACGUUACCAGAUUUGUAUCGACUCCUUGAGACAAUGGAGAAGGAAGAGGGUGACCUUGGCAACAAAAAGCAACCUCCAUCACUGUUUACUAGACCAGAACAUGUUGAAAAAUACCAAAAAAUCACCAAAUUGAAGCUUGAAAUGGAAGAAUCAGAGAUGAGUCCGUACCUUGAUCAUUUUGAGGCAGGAGUACGUGAUGACCUGUUGAUGAUUGGCAAUGUUUCAUUAGAGGACGUACAGACUGAGGAGAAACAACUGAGAGAUGAACAUAUACAAUAUCUUGAACAAGAGGCUAACGAGGCCAGGAGUCGACAUCAAGAGUUACUUAGACGUGAAGAAGAUGCUAAGAAAAGGGUGGCUAAAUACACUCAGGAUAGGAGAGAAGAUCUUCAGAGAAGGGAGGAGAUGAUACGACAGAGGGAGAAGUUAUUGAUGGAAAGAUUACAUCAAUCAUUUCGCGCCGUGCUGAAAGUCAGCUUAUCAGUGUACUUGAACGAAGGAAGGGUGAAGUUAAGUCAUUUUUUGGUGACUUGAUGAUGACUGAAGUGCAGUAUGGUGGGACAAGAGGUCGAAGGUGGAAAGUAGACUGGAACUUGACACCACAGCCUGUUCAAGUAAAGUUGAAAUGUUUACGUGGUGUGAAAGAUAAACUUCCUAGGGGACGUUAUGUAAUGAUGGUAUCACUAUAUGACAGACUUGGAGGGAAUAUCCUCCGCUGGAGUGAGAUGAAGGGACAGCAUUGGGGAGCGGCCACAGCUCCUGUACAUCAUGAAGGAGGAUUUCACAAUGUGGAACUGA